AUGUUAUUUUCCAAUUUGGAACGAUUUCGCCUGGAACGAUUACGACUAGCACAGUUGGUCCACAAUAAUGAUGAUGGCCGAAGCUUCUGGCCCCGUUUUUCAGAAGAACUCCUCUGCUCCGCUCUUGAAUCUCACCCUAGAACUAAGAUCCCAGCUACACCGACUCCUGGUGGCCUCGUUCAAGACCCAACCCCAAUGCCAGACGGCCGAAACCGCCGGAAACCACUUUUGAAAAUCGAAAGUCGACCCACUCGCCGGUUGCGAAAAGCAAAGUCAGUUCAAGUUGCCUAUCAAAUUGCUCAAGCCGAUUCCGAAUGGUUUCGCUCUCUGCCAACCAAGGUUCAACAGUGGCAUUUCAGUAGAGAAGAACAGUACCGCCUCGGGGGUUGGCGUAGUAGUAUUAUUUUUGACGCUGCCGACAGAGCUCUUUACAAGCUUGGCCACCAGAGAAGAAACUCUUCUGAGUCUAUCCUUUCCCCGCCAAGCGUUGCCAGCUUCCCUGACUCGUCUUCUAUGGCGUCUUCUGUGCGACCAGUCGAUUCCGCCAUCGGCAUGGACGACUCAUUUUAUAACAGUUUUCGAUGGCUGGAAGAAGACGAGGACAUCGAUCUCAGCCUUGAUGACUAUCACACGAAACUUGCGGAAACCGACAUGCGCAUAUCAAUCCUAGCAUCACGUUUCUCGCAACAGCGCCAACAACGUCGACAGUCUUCCUUUCGUCGAACGUUGUCCUUCACAUCCACUGCCCGUGGUCGAAGCAGUAUCUCCAGCAGGGUUCUUUCCACAAACCAAUCCUCUGCUGUUCCUUCGUCUGUAGCAGAUACAACCCCAUCCACGACGCACAAACGGUCACAUUCUCGCCCCAAAUCCAGCUCGGCUAUCCUUCGACAUAUCUCGCAAGCUUCCGUUUCCUCCAUCGAUGGCCCUGCACAAUAUUACCAAGAUCCAGAAGCCCGUCUGAAACUACGAGUAUAUCUGGCAUCCCCGCAAAAAUUUGACGAAGCUAUUGAAUUCGGAUUUCCAUCGCUAGACCAAAAAGAGAACACAUGCCGUCCCCGCGCAUCAACGGAACCGCGAACAACACAGGAAUCCGCGCGUACAUUCCCUGAAGACGAUAGUGUAACAGGGCACCCGGACGCCAUGCAUGAGGAUGGAACCCUAACUGAUUCCCCCAUAGCUUGUCCGGCUCCCACAUCCUCGAAUCCCUACCAACCCCAACCGCCGGUUGCAAACCGUACCAUCUCACCAAAUUCCCUCUCAUCAAUCAGCAGCAGAAAAUUCAACGUCAAUAAGUCCUCUGUGCCAACCCUUCUACAAACGAUCCCGCUGGGUUAUGUACAAAAUGCCCCCAGCAAUCGCGAGAUGACGCUGAAGAUGACACUGACGAGACCCGAUUUACGCACUGCGGAGUCGACAGGCACUCUAUUCCCACGCCUUUCGGAACAGGACGAUCACUUGCGAUUGGCCGAGCUACCCGUGCCAGACGAGAAACACCCAGUUUGGGAUCCUCCGACUGAGGAUAGAAGUAUGAUGAGGAAGAUGUGGCGAAAGAUCCGGAAACGAUGCAGUUGA